AUGCUCUCCCCGGGCCACCAAGGCACCAUGUCGAUGGCCAUUCCGCCACAAUCUCGUCCCAUCUGCGUUCUCGCCAAGGAAAACGACAUACACGUCGAAGAAUUCUGGGCCACAAAUGAACUCCUCUGCUCAGCAUCACCAUACUUCCAAGCUAUGCUGAUGGGUCCGUACCGCGAGGCCAACACCUCACACGUAACCAUCGAUCAGCAUCCAGUCUGGGUAGUUGAAGCGGUCUUGAACUUCCUCAAAUCCGGCCGGCUAACCAGCGACCAGCCAGACCACGAUCACUCCGACGUCUGGUGGUAUCGCCAGCUCUUCGAGCUGUACCACUUCGCCGACUUCUAUCACGUCCAGGACCUACGGAACCGGAUCGUCGAGAGAGUGCAGAAGAAGUUGCAUUACCACGUCUCACCACAUGACCGACUUUCCACACUCACUCAACACGACUUUCCAAACUUCCAAGAAUUCAAGUUCUUAUGCGAGAACGUGCCGGAAAGCUCGCCCCUGCGCAAAGUCAUAGCAGAUGCCGUGGUCAAUUUCAACGCCCAAUUCUCUCCGAUCCGAGUCAGUGCUGCGAGACUUACUGGUGGUCCUCCUGCUCGAGGCAGGAUUGUGGUUCCCGAAGCCUUCAAGCAGGACUGCGAUGUUUCCCGAUCCCGUCAAGCCCAGGUGAUCAUGUGCAGCAAUUGCGCGCACGGCGGAAUGCCAGAAGCGAAUGGCGAGAGUGAUUGA